AUGCCUUCGCCUGCCGUGUUCUCCUACUGGCGUCGCGACCACCGCCGCUCGAGUGCCUCUCCCGUCUCACCUCCCCCCGUGAAAACCGCCAACAACAACCCGCCUCAACUUCCUGCCAUUCCUCCCACCGCGGCGUUGAGCGCACCCUACGGCGACUCGUCCGCCAUCACCGACGCCUCCAGUCCGCGCAUUUCGGGGGAUGACCGCUCCCCGGACUCCGAGUUUGACAAAACGGCCGUCACCAUCUCCACCACCACGAUCGACGCGCCCUCCUCCUCGUCCACCAAUCUUGCGGUCCCACAAUCGUCGACAUCGGACCGACAAGAUCGACCGCGAUCCAGUCCAGAGGAACGGGAACGUGACUCGCCGCUGACCGCGCAGUCAAAUUACUCCCAACCGUCCAUCACCCCAUCCCGUCCCGAUCCCGCCGAUGGGGACUCGUCCAAACCCAGCUCUCCGUUCCGGCUCUCCUUCGGGAAAGGCCUCUUGACCUCUCAUCCCCACUCGUUGGAUAGUCACUCCAAACGAUCAUCUACUGCAGUCGCGGCUCCCUCUAGUCACCUUCGUUUCAAGGCGUCCCCGGACGCCUCCCCCGCAGAGAAGCACGCUCCGUCGUCACAGAAGGAGAAGGAGUACAAGUAUGACGGUACCCACGGCCGCCGACAAGCAGACCGCGAGGUAUCAGCGGAACACGGUCACCAUAAAUCAGGGAAAGCCAUGCUGCACCUGCUGAAUCCAAUGGCGUUGUUGGCGCGGAGACGCUCCUCGCAGAUUGCAGGCCUGCGUGCUGAGGACAUGCACAUCGGUGGCCGGAACCUUGUGCCCGCCAUCCCUGACGACUACGACCCGCGGAUUCGAGGUAACAUUGUGCACGAUUUCUCUGCGCCCCGGCCCCGACGCAACUUAUCUGCGACCCCGGCAUUGCUCCAUGAGGUGACGAGUGCGCAUGACCGGUCCCAGUCUGUCAGUGGGGUGCCCCCAGCAAAUGAGGCGACGCUGCAGGCCGCAGACCAGAGGAAGAGAUACAGUGAACACUCUCCCGUGUUUAGGGAGCACUUUGAGGAUGACCAGAAGGUGCUGCAGGUCGAGAACAAGGCGUACCUGCAGUCGUCAUUGCUGGUUAAUCCGUCAGAGCACGCCCGGGAUCCUCGUUCCAUUCCGGUCUUUGCGCGAAACCUUCCGUCUAACAUUCCGGAGGAGAAUGAAGGGCCCGGUGCGCAGACGAGCACCAGCCAAGGGCCCCAACCGGCCGCGUCGCAGGACGCAGAUACGAUCGAGAUAGUGCCCAGUCAGCGGGCGGGCUUACCUCGACAUCUGAAGAGCAACGCCUCCCGCUUCAGCUUUGAUAUGAACGGGGUGGAGUCUUCAACCCAGGAGAAACUCCUCGAAGAAAAGCACAAGGAGAAGGAGGCGGCUCGACGGGCCAAGGCCCAGCUCGAGGGGGCCAAUUUCAGCGAUGAAGAGGAUGAUUUUGACAACGAGCUCUACGAUGACUUGGAUGGUCUGGAGGAAAAGAUCCCUGGUGUCAAUGUGGACGCCGACGAAGAUGAUGAGUUUGUGAACUUUUCCGGCCCUGGUCACAUCUUGAACACGUCCUGGCUAGGUGAUGAGCCUCCUACCAUGCCCACGCUGUCUGUGCUGGAUGUGUCCAGUGUAUCGGCUACCUCGAAUUUGCCAGAUACCGCGACCCCAGCCUCAGGCAAUGAAUCUCAACAAGACGCUUCUAUAAAGGAGGCUUUAUCUCCCUCCCCUUUGAACAUCUCUGGUUCAAAUGGUGCGGAUGGCAGCCCCCAGCCGACGCAAGAACUAUCGACACAGCCUCCACAAGAGAUAUCGGGUCCGCAUCCACCGCUGUCGCAGGUUAUUGAAGACGACGACGACCUGUACUUUGAUGAUGGGGAGUUUGGCGACCUGACCGCCGAGGCCAAUGGCGAAACGUUUGAUGAAUCAAUUUUUGACGAUGAGACGAGCCAUCUCUACGAGCGCAAGCCGGUCCAACCCGUUCCCGCAGAAACCCUGCCCGAGAAUGAUGAGUUGAACUCGGACAUUGGAUACAAUGGCGAACUCAAACAUAUGCCCAGCAUGGCCAGUGAAUAUCACAACACCGUCCCAAGGCAGCAUGCCCAUGCAACGGACGGUUCCACGAAACUUGCAUCGGCCAAGUCCCAUGGUGGGGUGUUGUCCGAGCAGAAUCUCGAGGCCUUUCACAACGCGUUAGCCCAAGCGGCCAGUCAAGCGGCCACGGAGGACCGAUUUGGGCGUAACGCCAGCGUUAGCGAACGCUCAUUGGGCGAGAGCAGUAUUGGACCGAUCUUUGAAUCUCACCGGGACCUGAUAUCCGACACGAACGCUUAUCUGGACCAGCCGUCGGACGCGACGGAGUUCGAGGAAGUGUUUGAAGAUUUCAGCUACGACGAUAACGAUGCAUUGUUCUACGACGACCCCAUUAUCGCAGCCGCCAACGCGGAAGCUCUGGAAAACGACGAUGAAGGCUUCUACGGCCAGGAAUUCGGGUUCUAUGCCCAGGCUCACGGCAGCUGCAGCUCCGAGCUCACGAACGGCGGAUAUUUUGGCCCGCGCGGAGUGGAAGGUAUCAAUCGCAGCUUCAGCAGCCGGGGAAAGUUCCGGGAACCCAGUCUGACCCCGAUCACGGAACGGUCCGAAUGGAGUACGCGGAACUCGGUGAUCUCGCUGGCGGCGGCUCACGGCGCCGCGCAUUCCAACGCCAUGUCGAGUCCGGGGCUCGCGCAGUUGGUGGAUAUGGGGAACAUCGAGGAUGAAAUGACGCUGAGUGCGCUGAUGCGUCUGCGUCGGGGCGCUUGGGGUGGGAGCAACGGCAGCCUCCGCAGCAGCAGCGGGAGCCCUCCUCCGCACCCGCAUUCCGCGUCAAAUCGAGGGAGCUUCACCGGGUUGUCCGAUGUGAGCCCUACGGUGUACACCGCUCCUCCAGAUUUCUUAGGACCUAGCAUGAUGGAGUCCGAGAAGGGGUCGACGCAGAGUCCGAUCACGCAAGGUCAUGACGAUUCCACGCUACAUGCAUAG